AUGGACCUGGAUUGGCUCAGAGCCACCUGGCCUUGGCUAGCAACAUGUACAGCAGCCCUGGCCACGAUGCUGCAACUCGAGCCGAGAACGUCGUCUGCAAUCGACCAGCGGAUGUUGACGUUGAUCAUAGCCGGGCGUCAGCUCUGCCUCUCCGUGAGUCUGCAAUCUGCCACCCUGUUCUUCGUGGGUCUGUACCAGCUGCUGUUGGCACCUGUUAGACGGCCCACCAAAGAUUUCCAUAAUCCAAGAUCCAGCCAUUUCAAGGCCUUGCGUGCACAGCACUUUCCUCCGGGCUUCCCCAACGGCUGGCACUGCGUCUGCAAUGCCAAGGACAUCGAAAACGGACGGGUGAAGUCAAUCAGUGCUCUGGGCACCUACAUGGUUGCUUUCCGUGGACAGGACAAGACGGUAAGGCUGCCGUCCUUCACGCCUUCUGCCCGCACAUGGGUGCCCACCUGGGGAUGGGCGGCGUGGUGGUGGGAAAUUCCUUGUAACUCGGCAGCGAUCUUGCGUGGUGUGAUUUAA